AUGGAAACUGGUGACUACGCCAGCCUGUCCGGCGACAUUGACGUCGACGGUUCCAGUACUGUAUUCCCCAUCACCGAGGCCGUGGCCGAAGAGUUCGGCAAGCUGACGAACGGCCAGGUCCGCGUCACCGUCGGCGUAUCCGGCACCGGAGGCGGAUUCAAGAAGUUCUGCAACGGCGAGAUCGUGGUCUCUGACGCUUCCCGGCCAAUCAAGGCCAGCGAAGUACAGCUCUGCUCGGACGCUGGCGUUGAGUACAUUGAGAUUCCCGUGGCUAUUGACGGUGUCACCGUUAUCGCCAACAAGGACAACACCUGGGCCCAGUGCAUAACCAUCAAGGAACUGGACCGGAUGUGGGGCCCCGAUGCCGAGGACACGGUCAUGAAGUGGAGCCAGGUCCGCGACGGCUGGCCCGAUGACGAAAUGGAAAUGUACGCCCCCGGUGUGGACUCCGGAACCUUCGAUUACUUCACCGACACCGUCAGCGGCGAAUCCGGCGCUUCCCGGGGCGACUUCACCGCCAGCGAAGACGACAACCUGAUUAUCCAGGGUGUGUCUGGCGGCAAAAACGGGGUCGGCUACCUAGGCUAUGCCUACUACUCCGAGAACGCUGACAAGCUGAAGGCCGUUGAGGUCGACGGCGGCAGCGGUUGCGUACCUCCCACCGACGCCAACAUCAACCAGGGUACCUACUCCCCCCUGUCCCGCCCGCUGUUCAUCUACGUCCGUAAGGACGCGGCGAGCACCCCGCACAUCGCCGAGUUCAUUCGCUACUUCCUGAGCAACGAAGGUCAGGCACUGGUGGCCGAGGUGGGAUACAUCCCUUUCCCGCAGCCCGUCUAUGACCUGAUACUGGCCAGGUUCGAGAAUGGCGCCACCGGCACAGUCUUCGGCGGUGAAAACCCGAUGGGAGGAGCCGUGGAGGAAGUCUUGGCCAACUCACAGUAA